CAGAAACUAGACACUGAAACAGCAGCUCAUUUAUAUAAAGAGAGCAAGAUGCUGUAGAGGACAUUCUGUUAAAUCAGACAUUAACAUACAGUGCAAUAAAUUCAGAAUUAUUUAUAAUGUUUUAUCCGGAAUCAUGUUAUAAAAGUGCAAAAUGGACAAUGUUCUGACAGGAACUUUGUAGGCGAGACGAUGAAGGCUCUUUGGGCAUUCAGGUGUACGUGAACUACGAGAACAGCUUAGGGGCUUCUGUCUACCGUGAGCAGUUUGAUUUCAACGCGGAGCCCCCUUGGGAUCCUAGCUGAUAGCUGGAGAGGUCGACUUCUGACCUGUCCUUUGGAUAUCGCUAGGACCCAAGAGCUCUGAGGGUUCUCAUAAAUAGGUGACCUGCUUUAUGCCAGUCAGAACAUCAGAUUACGGAUGAGUAUGAAGGGAACACUGGAUGAACCACUCUUUUCUGUUGAGCUGCUGAAAGAAAGCGCAGCUCUCCGAGAUGUGAUCGAUAAACACAUCCAUGAUCAAACUCUUGCGCUGAAGAGUGCUUUUUUUGUUGCUGACCUUGGUGUGAUCGUGCAGCAGCAAGUUCGCUGGAGAACUAAAAUGGAGCAGAUUCAGCCUUUCUACACGGUCAGGAGCAACAGCAGCCCUGUGGUUGUUGAAAUCCUGGCUGCUCUCGGAACUGGCUUUGUUUGUUCAAACAAGCAUGAGCUGGACUUGGUGAAGGGCUUUGGCGUCCCUUCUCAGGACAUCAUUCUCGGCGGCACAUGUAAACAGCUCUCCCAUAUCAAAUAUGCAGCCAAACACAACAUCUCCCUUCUGGUUUGCGAUAAUGAGGCGGAGCUGAGGAAGAUCGCACGAUGCCAUCCUAAAGCAAAGGUGUUGCUGCUGUUGACAUCAGAAAGCUGUUGUGACCGAGAGGAGACGGCCAUACCGUUCGGCUUCACGCUGAAGGACUGCAGACAUCUGCUGGAGUGUGCCAGAGAGCUCAGCCUGCAUGUUACAGGAGUCAAAUUCAACGUUCCCAGUUGUUGUCAGGAUGCACAGGCGUUUUCUCGUGCUGUUUCUGAUGCCCGCUGUGUCUUUGAUAUGGGGGAGGAGCUCGGCUUUGAAAUGAACAUUCUGGAUGUCGGAGGCGGCUUUGAUGGAAGUGAAGCACAAUUAGACAAGGUUAACCAGACGCUGAAACCCAUGCUGGACAUGUAUUUCCCUCUCUCGACUGGCUUGUCGAUCAUCGCCGAACCUGGCGCUUAUUACGUGUCAUCUGCUUUCACGCUGGCUGUGAAUGUAAUCGCUAAGAAAACAGUGGCUCGUGAUUUCGGUGGUCAACCACACAAUGCACUGUCUGCAAACGAUGAGCCUGAGUUUCUCUACUACAUGAAUGAUGGGGUUUAUGGGUCUUUUGCCAGUAAGCUGCUGUGUGAAGAUUCAAUAUCAAUGCCUUUGGCACACAAGGAGGUGAGCGCAGAAGAGCCGCUGUUCUCCAGCAGUCUGUGGGGUCCGUCUGCUGAUGAUCUGGAUCAGGUGGUGGAGCGAUGUCUGCUGCCGGAGCUCAGCGUCGGAGACUGGCUGCUUUUCAGCAACGCUGGGGCCAACAGUCUGGGGGCCACAUUAACUAACGGAGAUGAACACAAACCACCCGUCUUCUACAGCAUUGCUGAAUGCGACUGGCAAGAGGUUCAUAAUUGUGGCAUCACUUUGGAUGCUAGGAUGAAGAACUUCUCUCUGGUACCAUGCUGCUUUCAACCAAGCUUGUCUGAAGCGUCCAUUUCCACCCCGGCGUAACAAAGCCACUUAUUAACGUCUUUAUUUUGAUUGACUUUAUGCACUUAAGAACUUGGAAUCUUCUAGAAGCUUCAAUUGCUUUUAAGAAGUUUGACUGAGACCGGAGCUGAAGAAGUGUUAUUGACCAGAACAACUUCAUAGCCAUCAAAACCACAAAUAGGUGCGAUUAGCUUUAACACAUGGGCCAGUUGGCGUUUACAGAUAACGCUUAAUUAUAUUUAAGUCUGUUUUAUAAAUCUAUAUACAUAUAAUAUUUCCACUUACUAAUGGAAUCAGUCAUGCACCCAACAGGGGAAGUUAUUUAUUAAACCUCAAGUCUAGUUUCAUGACAUCAUCAGAUGCUUUAAGAAAUAUGCACUUGUUGUUAUUUGUAUUAAGAAUAUGUUGUUUAAACUGGAUAAUUGUGAUCUUCGUCCUAUUUGAACUUGCAGGAAUAGUUCAUGAGAGCACUGUGGUAUGUUUUUGUGGACAAAAUACGAACACACCUUAAAGGAAUAGUUCACCCAAAAAUGAAAAUUUGCUGUAAAUUUGCUCAUCUAAGAUUAGGAUGAGUUUGUUUCUUCAUCAGAUUUGGAGAAAUGUAGCAUUGCAUCACUUGCUCACCAAUGGAUGUGAAUGGGUGCCGUCAGAAUGAUAGUCCAAACAGCUGAUUAAAAACAUCACAAUAAUCCACAAGUAAACCACACUACUCUAGUCCAUCAGUUAACAUCUUGAGAAGACAAGAUCUAAGACGUUUUAAUCUGUGCAGAUUUCUCUCCUGAUUCAGGAAAAAAAAAUCACUGUAGGUAGCAUUGUUGAAUUGAAUUUUAGCCAGAAGCAACAGUUUGAAAAUUACUUGUGGAUUAUUGUGAUGUUUCUAUCCAGCAGUUUGGACUCUCAUUGUGACGGCACCCAUUCACUACAGAGAAUCCAUUCGUGAGCAAGUCAUGCAAUGCUUUUGAACUCUUUAACGCAAGUAUGCCAAUUCAGACACCAAGUGCAAGCGUCUGGUUUAGUUGUACAUAUUUGUACAUGCUUGCUUUUGCAAGCAAGUUUUUUAUUUUAAUGUAAGACAACAUGUGGUUGCGUUUCAUAAUGCAGUAUUGCACUAAUUUGGCAAGUGUCUGCUUACACAUACUUGUGUAGUUUGUCUCGAGCCUUUUUCUAAGCAUUGGUGUCAUGCUACGCACUAUCUCAGAAUUACACACGUGUGUUCGGUCUAGGAUGUCUCUGGUAUUGUGCAAGUAUGUCUGAGAAUGUGUCGAAGACGGCUGGAGCAAGUGCUGCUGGUUAAAGCGAGGGGAAGCUGUUAUGUUACCUGCAAGAACCAGGCAAGUGAAACUGAUGAACUGAGCAACACUGAACAGGAAUUACACAAAUAAAAUGUUUGUUCAGUGUCAGAGCAUAAACCAUAGACUGUUUGCCGUUUACAGCGUUUACCUUUUUUUGACAAAGUUUUGCUGUCAAUAAAAUGGUAUUAAAGGC